ACCUCCUCAUUCCUGACUCAGUCAAGUUAAUUUCUUUCCAGAACUUGGGAUGGCUUCAACUUGGCAGAAAACUCAGGAAUUCUACAACUGGAUUCUUGAAAGUGGAGAUCCAAGGACAGACCCGUGGCCACUGGUUUACUCCCCACUUCCAGUCACCCUGAUCUUCACCUCCUACCUCUUCAUGGUGGCACUGGGACCGUCCUGCAUGCGGCAGCGGCAGCAGCUGGAGCUGAGGGCUCUGCUGCUCACCUACAACCUGGCCAUGGUGGCAUUAUCCAGCUACAUGUUUUAUGAGUUUCUGGUCACUUCAGUCUUGGCUAACUACAGCUACCUGUGCCAGCCAGUGGAUUACAGCCGGAGUGAGCUGGGAAUGAGGAUGGCAAGAGUGUGUUGGUUGUUCUUCUUCUCCAAAGUCAUCGAGCUGCUGGAUACGGUUUUCUUAAUUCUGCGCAAGAAACAAGAGCAGGUGACUUUUCUGCAUGUGUACCAUCACGGCUCUAUGCUCUUCAACUGGUGGUCAGGGGUCAAAUAUGUGCCUGGAGGACAAGCCUUCUUUGUUGGGAUGCUGAACUCCUUUGUCCACAUCUUCAUGUACGGUUACUAUGCCCUGGCCAGCCUGGGACCGCGGAUGCGCCAGCACCUGUGGUGGAAGCGUUACCUGACCAUCCUGCAGCUGUGCCAGUUUGUGGCCAUUGCUGCUCAUUCCUCCUACAACCUCUUCACAGAGUGCCCGUUCCCCGAUGGCUUCAACACUGCAGUCUUCCUCUACAUCCUCAGCCUCCUGGCUCUCUUCCUACGCUUCUACUAUCACACCUACGUCAGGGGAAAGCGGGAAAAGCUGACUUGAAGGAAAUCAAAGAGGACAGAGAGCACAGCCUGAUGAACAUGAGCAUUCUCUGCUGCUUGUGACAUGGUUCCAGGAAGGAAAUGUAUCUGGGGAGUGUGUGUGAGGCUCACGUCUAGCCUUCAAAUAUCCCAGGUUAGGGAGAAGAAAGGAAUGAUGUAAACUCAGGGAUUUAGGAACUGAGGAGCUCACUUAAUUAAGCUGAGGCCAAGCUAAGCCAAGUAGUCACAAGCAUAGCAGGCUUUGGGACAUUUGC